AUGUUGUCAACGUGGGUGGCAGCGGCCCUUGUACUAUGUUCCUUCCUUGUCAAACGGCUAUAUUCUCCCAUUGCCAAAAUACCCGGCCCGUGGCUCACCAAAUUCACGAGCCUACCGAUCAAGCACCAUGAGUUCAAGGCCAAUCGUCGCAUGUACAUUCACCAACUCCAUAAGCAACACGGACCCGUGGUUCGUUUAGCCCCGAACGAGGUGUCAUUUGCGUCUCUUGAUGCCAUCCGCGAGAUCUACGCAUCGGGCGGGAGCGGCUACGAUAAGACUGAAUUCUACGACAUGUUCCGCCAGUUUGGGGUCAAAACGAUGUUUUCGACUCUCGAAAAAUACUCGCAUAGUCAGCGCAAGCGGGAACUGGCCGAUAGAUAUGCCAUGUCAAAUAUCCUGCGCGAGAGCCACGUAUCGGCCAUUCGCGACCGCGCACAGGCUUUUAUUUCGAGAUGCACUACUGUGGCUAAGAGUGUAGAUGUUUAUGUCUUUCUCCAUUGCUACGCUCUUGACUGCGUGACGCACUUCAUGUUCAGCCCAGGAGGGCUGGAUUCUCUCACCAACGAGAAGGACUUCGAAAUCAUGGAGGAGUUGACCUACCACGAUAGCCUGCAGAAGAACCUUCUUCACCACUACCUCCCCACACUCAGCCCAUACUUCCCCAGCUGGGUCAAGCCGCGUCGCGCCCCCAAGACUAAUGCGUACAUUCAGAGCAUCACAGCGCAAGAGCAUCCAGACGACUACAGUCUCCUCGCUCGUCUCACUCGGAAGGACUCUCCACUGAGUCACGAUCAAGUAGCGGCUGAAUGCAAAGACCACAUGGCCGCGGGGAUUGACACGACAGGAGAUGGACUGUGCUUUCUUAUGUGGGAGUUAUCCCGACCACACAACUGCGAAUUCCAGGACAAACUCUACGAGGAACUGCGUACCACGGCAUCGGACACACCGCUCGAUAAGCUGGUAUACCUUGACGCGGUCAUCAAGGAGGGACUUCGCUGUGCGCCGCCCAUCCCGAUGUCGUUCCCUCGGUAUGUUCCCAGCGGCGGACGGACGAUCGAUGGGACUUUUGUCUCCGAGGGGACGAUCGUCAGCUGUCAGCCGUAUACUGUCCAUCGUUUCGAUGAAGGUGUUUUUCCUGAACCGGAUCGAUUCAAUCCGGACCGAUGGAUGGACGAGAGCGGAGCGACAGAGCGGAAUCGGAUGUUCUUUGCGUUCGGGAUUGGAGGGCGGGGCUGCACCGGGAGAAAUCUUGCUACAGUGGAGAUGAAGAUCCUCCUGCGGGAGGUCUAUUCGAGGUAUCGCACUACGGUGGCCGCUGAUAUGACUGGGUGUAUGGAUAUUGAUGAUCAGAUAAUCUCUGCGCGACCUAAGGGGCAGACAUGCAGGUUGACCUUUACGGCUAGAGAAUAG